CACCAUUCAUACCACAAUAAGUUCUCCCCAGCAUCUUCUCAGUCUCCGUGCUAAUAUCAACCUCCACACUUACCUAUGCCGCAUCAAGGCCUACUUGUAUGCCGCGUCAGGACUGGUGUUACUGUGCACUCCGCCUUAAAUGCCCCAUCCGUCCUUCGACUCAUGAGAUACAUUUACAGUAUUCUUUUGCUUCAGAAGCUCCUUGACAGUUCUGACUUGAACCAGUGGGGUGCGGAGGCAUAUCCCGUGAUAAACUACAUCUUGCGAUCAAAGAACCUAGAUGGUGUGAAUGCAUACGGAUUACCAUUUUGUAGCGGUAUCUCAUCUCACGAGCUGCAUACAGUUGGUUCUCUGAGAAUAUUCCUGGUGCUUCUGGUCAAGUCGAAAAAUGGCUUGCCUUUGGCGCACGCUUUCACUCUCGUUGCACGUCGAAAGGCCGGUGAUUUCAAAAAAAGCCACCAAACUCAGAAUGAGGAAUGGAACAACAGCGAGCUGUUGAAAAUGGCUUGGGCUAACCUCAUGAUAAGCUAUCCUGCUGACAGCUUCCAGAAUGUUCGAGGAUUCUGAAGAAGCAGGACCUACAGGCAACCAGCGGUGGGGUUUGGAUGCUGGUCAACAUCUCAGGCAGUAGAAUAUGUAUCCUCAUCUUCAAACGAGUUAUCUGAGGUCGUAGCUCCUUUGCUG